AUGGGAGGGAAGGCACCAAAAGGUAUUCUUACCGCUCAAUGCGCAAAGAUUCAAAGGGCAAUUGAGCUAUGCAUGCCAACAACAAUUCACCGCUGGUGUAUCUGGCACAUCAUGAAAAAGAUCCCAAGAAAAAUAAAUGGCUACAAGGGACACAUUGAUAUUGAACAAGAGAUGAGUCAUGUUGUUUGGAACUCGUACACAAAAGAUGCAUUUGACAGAAACUGGAAUGAUUUCCUCACAAAGUAUGGUCUCGGAGGCAACAAGUGGCUUUCAGAGAUGUACGAGGAUUGGCAUAUAUGGAUUCCAGUUUACUUGGAUUACCACUUUUGGGCCAGGAUGAGAAGCACACAAAGGAGGAGAGCGCAUUCAUUUUUCAACAAGUUCAUCACACGGAAUAGCUCCUUGAGACAAUUCGUGAAGCAACAUGACAAUUGCCUCACAAGUAGAGAACAAGCAGAGAGAAAAUUUGAUGCUGCAGAUUUUCACACCGUGAUACUGUGCACAACAAAAUCAUCAAUAGAGGCACAAUUUCAGCAUGUAUAUACCCAUGAGAAGUUCAGGGAAGUUCAAGCUCAAUUCAGAGGUAAAGUGAAUUGUAUCACAAGAUCAAUGCAUUCAACCCUAGGUUUCAUAACAUAUGAAGUCAUAGAGCAGGUUCCCAACUCCACAUUCAACAAGUUUGUCAUUACCUACGACGCAGUAUCACGAGAUGUAAAGUGUCAUUGCUUGCUAUUUGAGUCUAGAGGCAUAUUGUGCCGCCAUUCCCUAAGCGUCCUAAGCUUUGAGCGAGUGCAUAAUGUGGCACCGAAAUACAUAUUAGAACGUUGGAGCAAGAACAUAAAGAGGAGACAUACACACAUCAAGAGCAACCAAGAUGAAUCUCUAUUGGAGCCAAGAAGUAAGAGAUUUGACGAAUUGGUGUUUCGGUCGCACAAUAUAUGUGAAUUUAAUUCUGAGUGUGAAGAGUUGAUCGGAAUUUUGCACCGAGCAUUUGACAAGGUCAUGGCUGAGAUGGAAGAAUAUCAAGAGAGAAGCAAAGGAAAAAGCCUGUUAACCCAUGAAGAAGCGACAUUAAGCAAUGUUAAUGAUCUUCAAAGCCCACCACGUGUCAAAACAAGAGGUCAACCCAAGAACAGACUUGGAUCAAACUUGGAAAAAAGAUCUCAAAUUCCAAGAAGAAAAAGAAAAAGACAACUCCAAGCGAGGUAA